CUUCAUCAACCACACUAUCCACUCUUCUCAGCCGGCUUGGAAUUCCAUGGCGUCCGGUUCUAAGGAAAUCGUUGGAGCUGAACCAGCGAAGCUGAAACUCUAUAGCUACUGGCGCAGCUCGUGCUCCCAGCGCGUUCGUAUCGCUCUCAAUCUCAAAGGUUUGGAUUAUGAGUAUGAGACAGUGAAUCUUUUGAAAGAUGAGCAAUUUGAUCCUGAGUUUGAGAAGCUUAAUCCCAUUAAGUAUGUACCCUCAUUGGUGGAUGGAGACGUUGUUGUUGGUGAUUCUUUAGCGAUCAUUCUUUAUUUGGAAGAUAAGUACCCUCAACAUCCAUUGCUUCCCAAGGAUCUUAAAAAGAAGGCUCUUAAUCUCCAGGUGGCAAACAUUGUUGGUUCAAGCAUUCAACCCCUUCAAAAUCUCUCUAUACUAAAGUUCAUUGAAACUAAAUUUGAUGCUGAUGAGAAACUUAAGUGGGUUCAACAUUACAUUGGCAAAGGCUUUUCUGCUCUGGAGAAGCUUCUAAAGGAUGUUCCUGGAAAAUAUGCUACAGGAGAUGAAGUCCUACUGGCGGAUGUGUUUUUGGCUCCACAAAUUGAUGCAGGGGUAGCAAGGUUCAGAAUUGACAUGACUGAAUACCCAAGACUAGCCAGAGCUCAUGCUGCAUAUAGUGAGCUUCCUGCAUUCCAAGCUGCUCUUCCAGAAAGGCAGCCAGAUUAUCCUGCUUCGGCUUAAUCCUUGUCGCGGUUCGGUUAGCAUUGUUAAAAAUAAAUAAUCAGUAUUACUAUGAAUGAUACAUGUUCUUUGAGUUUGCGCUCUCUGUAUGUUGUAAAUAAUGUGAAGACUCUUUUCAUGUAACUUCAUAUGAGAACAAGACUCUGCCUUCUGAAGUUAAUUUCUCAGAAUUUAUGAGAAACUAUUACAAACA